GGACACGGUCAGCAGUUAGUCUGCUGAUGGAGGGGAGUUCAACAUGGGGAAAUUGGUGAUCGUUUUUGCGCUAACGUUCGUUAUCGGACUCGUGGCAGCGGUGGACGAGCACUGGUGGCAGCACGCCAACUACUAUCAGAUCUAUCCACGAUCGUUCAAAGACAGCGAUGGCGAUGGGGUGGGUGACUUCCGGGGCAUUAUGGAGAAGGUUACUUAUCUGAAGAAGGAGCUUGGUCUGGAUGCGAUAUGGCUGUCGCCCAUUUUUAAAUCACCCAUGGCGGAUUUCGGGUACGAUAUUUCUAAUUUUACGGAUGUUCACGAGGAAUUCGGAACGCUCGCUGAUUUGGAAAACCUAGCUGCGGAGUGUAAACGGCAGAACCUGAAGUUGAUUCUGGAUUUUGUGCCUAAUCAUAGUAGUGACGAGCAUCCGUAUUUCGCAAAAUCGGAAAACAAGGAAGCUGGAUACGAGGAUUACUAUGUGUGGCAUCCAGGAAAGCUUCUGGCCAACGGAACACGUGUUCCGCCAUCGAACUGGGUCAGUGUAUUCCGUGGAAGUGCAUGGCAGUGGAGUACGGUGCGCAAAGAAUACUAUCUGCAUCAGUUCUUGGUCAAACAGCCUGAUCUUAACUAUCGCAGUGCGAAGGUUGUGGAGGAUAUGAAGAACGUUCUUCGGUUUUGGCUGGCUCGGGGCGUUAGUGGGUUCAGAGUUGACGCUGUGCCGUAUUUGUUCGAAAAUGAGGCGGUGAACGGAGUGUACCCGGAUGAACAGAAAUCUGGCACUACGGAUGACCCGGAUAACCCCGCAUAUCUGUUGCACGACUAUACGCAAAACUUGGACGAAACCUUCGAUAUGGUGUACCAGUGGCGCGAGGUAUUGGACGAGUUCAAAGCCACCAAUGGACUACAGGAAGAUCUGAUUCUGAUGAUUGAAGCUUAUACACCGUUGGAGAACAUCAUUCGACUAUACGGAAAGGGAGAUCGUGCAGGAGCCCAAGUCCCCUUCAACUUUGAAGUUCUGAGUAAUAUCUUUAAAGACAGUACUGCCAAGGAUUUCCACACGUAUGUUAUGCGGUUUUAUAACGCACUACCAGCGAAUCAGUUUGCCAAUUGGGUGCUCGGAAAUCACGACAACAAGCGCGUAGCUUCGCGACUGGGAGUGGCACGUGCCGAUUUGUACAACAUCGCCCUCAACACCCUGCCGGGCAUGGCAGUAACGUACAAUGGCGACGAGCUCGCCAUGGAAGACGUUUACAUCUCCUGGGAGAACACCGUAGAUCCGGCCGCUUGCAAUUCAAAUCCACGGGACUUCAUGCUGUACAGUCGGGAUCCUGUGCGGGCUCCGUUCCAGUGGGACGAUACCGUCAGUGCCGGGUUCUCCACCAAUCCCAAAACGUGGCUUCCGGUUUCGCCCGACUACAAGCAGAACAACUACAAACUGCAGAAAUCAGCCCCCAGAAGCCACGUGAAGAUUUUCAAAUCGCUCGUGAGACUACGCAAACAGCGAACGCUGAGGGAGGGUACGUUCGAAAUCAAACUGGUUGACGACAAUCUGCUGGUCUACAAACGGGAACUGGCUGAUGUCAGUACGAUUGUUGUGAUUCUUAACUUCCACAAUUCGGCCCGAACUGUUAAUUUGUCGGAAGUUUUCGAUGGGCUUCCGCUAGAGUUUGAAAUUAUCACAUCUUCGUUGCAGACGAACUAUAUCGAUGGGUAGGUUUGAUCGGUUUUA